AUGGCAUCGCAAAACCAGCCCACUAAGAAGGCCGUUCACUUCGGUGCCGGCAACAUCGGUCGAGGUUUCGUAGCAUGCUUCUUGCAUAACAGCGGCUAUGAGGUCGUUUUCGCUGAUGUCGUCGAUGCCGUCGUUGACAAGCUGAACGCUCAGCCCUCAUAUAAGGUCAUUGAGGUCGGCGCUGAAGGUACAACGGAGAACGUCAUCACAAACUACCGCGCCAUCAACUCCAAGACCCACGAGCUCGAUCUGAUUGACGAGAUCGCAACCGCUGACGUGGUCACCUGCUCCGUCGGCCCCAACAUCCUUAAGUUUAUCGCCCCAGUCAUUGCCAAGGGCAUUGACAGGAGAUCGAAUGAUUCCACCCCGCUUGCUGUCAUUGCCUGCGAGAACAUGAUCAACGCCACCGACUCCCUAGCUGAGCACAUCAAGUCUCCCAAGAACACCCCGGAGCACCGCAUCGAGGAUCACCACGAGCGUGCGCGAUAUGCCAACUCGGCAAUCGACAGAAUUGUUCCCGCUCAGGACCCCGAUGCUGGCCUGGACGUCAAGUUGGAGAAGUUCUACGAGUGGGUUGUCGAGAAGACUCCCUUCGAGGACCACUCCGUCCCGUCCAUUGAGGGUAUCAACUGGGUUGACAACCUAGAGCCAUACAUCGAGCGCAAGCUGUACACUGUCAACACUGGCCACGCCACCGCUGCUUACCACGGAUACAACCGCAAGAAGCGCACCGUCUACGACGCCCUGCAAGACAAGCAGAUUCACGCCGAAGUCCGCAAGGCUCUGAUCAACACCUCCAACCUCAUCACCGCCAAGCACGGUAUUCCGGAGGACCAGCAGGCCGCUUAUGUCAAGAAGAUCAUCAUGCGUAUCAGCAACCCUCAUCUCGAGGAUGCUGUUGAGCGUGUUGGCCGCGCCCCUCUCCGAAAGCUCAGCCGCAAGGAGCGGUUCAUCGGACCUGCCGCCGAGCUCGCCGAGAAGGACGAGGACUGCAGCGCUCUGCUCGAGGCCGCCGAGAUGGCUUUCCGCUUCCAGAACGUCGAGGAGGAUGAGGAGAGCAAGGAGCUCGCCAAGAUCAUGGCUGAGCACGACCCUCACACCGUCGUGACCCAGGUCUGCGGCCUCACCCCUAACGAGAAGCUGUUCCCCAAGGUGGUCCAGAUCGUCGAGCGGGUACAACAGGAUGCGGAGGAGUAA